UAGAGCUGGAGCCAGCCGUGGAAGAACUGCAACUGGGCCGGGGCGGAGCGCAGCGACGCGCCGGGGUCGCAAGGAGGGGCGUGUUGCUGCUGGCCCACAGCGAGCCCACCCCAGCCCGCGCCGAGGCACCUUCCCGCCAGGCCGCCUGCCUCCUCCUUCCGCCUCCCUCCAUUUCCCCCGGAAUUUCAGCCCGGUGCUCCUGGACCCCGGCCCUCCCCUGGGUGGAGAAGCUCCGGCCGCUUUCCCGCUUCACUCUUUUUCUCGCGGGCUGGGCUUCCAGUCCUCUGUCUCCUUUCCCUGGUCUCCCCCCCUUCCUCCUCUUCCUUUAGCUCAGGUUCCCUACCCCUUCCUCUAGUCUCAGCGCCUCAGUCACUUUCCUCAGCCAAAGGUCCCCAGUUCCUUUCCUCUUCCUUUCCCUUGCCCGGGGUCCAGCCUAUCCUGUCCCUUCCUUAUUCCCUAGGGUGCAGUCCCUCCCAUUCCCCUCUCCCUGGCCCGGAGUUCCAGACCUUUUGGUCUUCUGUGGUCCCUUCUAGGUCCUUGUCCCUCUUCCCACAGUUCGGAGUCCAGUUGCAAACCCCGCCUCUCUCCACCCUCAAGAAGACUGCUUCCACGAAAAUACUUCUCUAAAACAUGAACUUUUCCUAGAGACUGCUCCAGUCUCUUUCCUCCCUGCAACCCAUGCUCCAGGUCUUAUUCUCACUUUACUAAGGAUCGAGGCCUUCUGGGCUGAGGGAGCAGCAUGAUGCUUUUGUGGUCUGGUUUCUGGGGACCCUCUUCGCUUCGGAUCUUCCCCUCCUUGCUGGUGGCGGUGGCCUUGGUGGGGCUACUACCUGUUCUCAGGAGCCAUGCCAGCACCAUCGGAGGGUCUGAGCCACCACAGGAACGCUCAAUUGGGGAUGUCACCACUGCCCCACCAGAGGCACCCCAUCCAGAGAGCCGCCCUGUUAACCAUUCUGUCACCGAACAUGGCAUGAAGCCGCGAAAGGCCUUUCCAGUCCUGGGCAUUGACUACCCACAUGUUCGCACACCCUUCGAGAUCUCUCUGUGGAUCCUGCUGGCCUGCCUUAUGAAGAUAGGUUUCCAUGUGAUCCCCACCAUCUCCAGCAUCGUCCCAGAGAGCUGCCUGCUGAUCGUGGUGGGGCUGCUGGUGGGGGGCCUGAUCAAGGGCGUGGGCGAGAAGCCCCCCUUCCUGCAGUCAGACGUCUUCUUCCUCUUCCUGCUGCCGCCCAUCAUCCUGGACGCGGGCUACUUCCUGCCGCUGCGGCAGUUCACAGAGAACCUGGGCACCAUCCUGAUCUUCGCCGUGGUGGGCACGCUGUGGAACGCCUUCUUCCUGGGCGGCCUCAUGUACGCCGUGUGCCUGGUGGGCGGCGAGCAGAUCAACAACAUCGGCCUCCUCGACACCCUGCUCUUUGGCAGCAUCAUCUCGGCCGUGGACCCAGUGGCCGUGCUGGCCGUCUUCGAGGAGAUCCACAUCAAUGAGCUGCUGCACAUCCUUGUCUUCGGGGAGUCCCUGCUCAAUGACGCCGUCACUGUGGUCCUGUAUCACCUCUUUGAGGAGUUUGCCAACUAUGACCACGUGGGCAUUGUGGACAUCGUCCUCGGCUUCCUGAGCUUCUUCGUGGUGGCCCUGGGCGGGGUGUUUGUAGGCGUGGUCUACGGGGUCAUCGCAGCCUUCACCUCCCGAUUCACCUCCCACAUCCGGGUCAUCGAGCCGCUCUUCGUCUUCCUCUACAGCUAUAUGGCCUACCUGUCAGCCGAGCUCUUCCACCUGUCGGGGAUCAUGGCACUCAUCGCCUCUGGAGUGGUGAUGCGCCCCUAUGUGGAGGCCAACAUCUCCCACAAGUCCCACACCACCAUUAAGUACUUCCUGAAGAUGUGGAGCAGCGUCAGCGAGACCCUCAUCUUCAUCUUCCUCGGCGUCUCCACUGUGGCCGGCUCCCACCACUGGAACUGGACCUUCGUCAUCAGCACCCUGCUCUUCUGCCUCAUCGCCCGGGUGCUGGGCGUGCUGGGCCUGACCUGGUUCAUCAACAAAUUCCGCAUCGUGAAGCUGACCCCCAAGGACCAGUUCAUCAUUGCCUAUGGGGGCCUGCGAGGGGCCAUUGCCUUCUCCCUGGGUUACCUCCUGGACAAGAAGCACUUCCCCAUGUGUGACCUGUUCCUCACUGCCAUCAUCACCGUCAUCUUCUUCACCGUCUUUGUGCAGGGCAUGACCAUUCGGCCCCUGGUAGACCUGUUGGCUGUGAAGAAAAAGCAAGAAACGAAGCGCUCCAUUAAUGAAGAGAUUCACACACAGUUCCUGGACCACCUUCUGACAGGCAUCGAGGACAUCUGUGGCCACUACGGCCACCACCACUGGAAGGACAAGCUCAACCGAUUUAAUAAGAAGUAUGUGAAGAAGUGUCUGAUCGCUGGUGAGCGCUCCAAGGAACCCCAGCUCAUUGCCUUCUACCACAAGAUGGAGAUGAAACAGGCCAUCGAGCUGGUGGAAAGUGGGGGCAUGGGCAAGAUCCCCUCUGCUGUCUCCACCGUCUCCAUGCAGAACAUCCACCCCAAGUCCCUGCCUACUGAGCGCAUCCUGCCAGCAUUGUCCAAGGACAAGGAGGAGGAGAUUCGCAAAAUCCUGAGGAACAACCUGCAGAAGACCAGGCAGCGGCUGCGGUCCUACAACAGACACACAUUGGUAGCUGACCCCUAUGAAGAGGCCUGGAACCAGAUGCUGCUCCGGAGACAGAAGGCCCGGCAGCUGGAGCAGAAGAUCAACAACUAUCUGACGGUGCCGGCCCACAAGCUGGACUCGCCUACCAUGUCACGGGCCCGCAUCGGCUCAGACCCACUGGCCUACGAGCCAAAGGCCGACUUGCCUGUCAUCACCAUUGACCCUGCCUCCCCACAGUCUCCUGAGUCUGUGGACCUGGUGAAUGAAGAGCUGAAGGGCAAGAUCUUGGGGCUGAACCGGGAUCCAGCAAGGUUGACUGAGGAGGAUGAGGAUGAGGACGGGGUCAUUAUGAUGCGGACCAAAGAGCCUUCAUCCCCAGGCACUGAUGAUGUCUUCACCCCUGGGCCAAGUGACAGCCCCAACUCCCAGAGGAUACAGCGCUGCCUUAGUGACCCAGGCCCCCACCCUGAGCCUGGGGAGGGGGAGCCCUUCAUCCCCAAGGGGCAGUAGCACCAGGGCCAGGGGCAGCGCCCAUCCCACAGACUGUCCCACCAGAGCAGGGCUGGGGGAGCUGAGGGCUCCCCUCACCCUUCCUGACCUGGAUUGGCCUUGCCCCUUCCCCCGCCGCAUGGCAGCUGGGCCCACAGCCCCCACAGCAGCACGGCUUCCCCCUGCCUCCUGGGAAGCGUCCCCCUCCCAUUGGAACUGUCUUCCCAAUCAUUUGGCAGAACUGCUGGGUGGUGAGGCAGGCCCCGCCCCUUCUCCAGAUCCAGGCUCCCCCAUACCCAGACCAGGACCAUAAGGCCACUAGUCUCCCAGGCCACAAGGCUCCUCUCUCCACUACAUCACCUCCUUCAGACAAAUCUUCAUUUCUAACCAAAGAGCCUCUGGCUCCACUGUGGUUCUACCCAGGAAAGGAAGGAGCUGAGGCCUCCCUUGCCCUUGGCCAGGCCCUCCUUUAUCAGGAGAUGCCAGGGGAACAGACAUGUGGCUGGGGGAGGGAUCAACAGUCCCACCCUACUCCUGCCAGCUAUGUCACCCUGGCCCACCACCUGAACUGUCCUCACUCAGAACUGCAGGCUGGGGGAAGGUCUGAGCUUCUCUGACUGGAGCUGAGGCUCUUUGGAGUCAUCUGAUGGGGACCAUUAGGCUUUCUGGGGCUGCUGCCUAGGGAGGAACUGUCUAGGAUUUCAGAAAGUGCUGCCAUUUUUUGUUGUUUGUUCACACUUCCACACACCAUUCUAUUUGCACAGAGGUACUCCUUUUUUUAGAGCAUCUGAAAACCCCUGGACAGUCAGGGAUCUGCCCCUCUCACCCCUCCUCCUGCUCCAGAGAGUUCCCCCUCAUAUUCCCAUGUCUCUCCUACGCUCCAAAACCUGUCUCCUGCCUGCUGGGCUCUUGACUCUCAACCAAGGUUCUGAUUUUAGACGUGGCCCCAACCAUGACCCUAUCAUGAUUCUCCAGCCUCACAGGCGUGGGGCCUCCUGGUGCCUGUCUUGCUCUUGGCCUGUCCCCAGGAACCUCUCCUAUGUCCACUCAGCUUGCUGUGGAGUCCAGCCUGGGGAGAAGGUCUCCCCUGAAGUUCUCCCACCUGGUUGGGGCUGCUGGGAUAGACAGAGUCCUAGGCCCCCAGAGGCCUUUGCUCAUAGGCACAUACUCCCUACCCCCCACUGCCACCAUGGCUGGGCCCAGGUCUAUGGGUGUCUGCACUCCCACUGGGCACUCCCUCCCCCAGGAUCGUGCAAUAGUCAGAGCACCCUCUCCCAGGGGACAGGGCCACGGGUGCUCGGCCCAUCUGUCCAUCUCCUCUCCAUGCAAAUGCUGUCUGGAGCAGGAGUCACCAUGCAAAAUGACGUCGACAACCAUGUACAAAGCCACCACAGCUGCUGCAGCUCUGCCGCCUGUAUAGAAGAAACUGAACCUUUUUCAUAUUCUAAUAAAUCAAUGUGAGUUUUUGAUAAGA